UGAGGAAGACUUCAGAGUGGGAGUGUUACACACUUCAAAAGGAUAAGACUGUUUAGAGCUGGCUUUCCAUCCAGAUGAUUUUGUUCCUGCUUUGGAAAACCUGCAUCUUUGUUUGAGGGUUGUGCAGGAGAGCAGAUCUGUCAGAAGGGAGAUGCACUGAUGUAUGAGUGUUUCUCUACUCUUCUGUCUGGUGUUUGACUGCCAGCUGUCUGCAGAUGUGCUGAGGCUGAAGGAGCAGUCGGCACGUCUCAGUACACCUCAUGUUGCCCACAUCAGACAGAGCUGUGACACUGAGGCGAAGCAGAUGAUGAAAGCAGCGAGGAACGACACCAAGGACGGUUUAAAAAACACAAAGUUAGCCAUGAUCCGCAAAGUGUCUUUCCUGCACAGAAAAGACUUCACAGGUGAAGGAAAGGAUGAUGACGGUUACAUGGAUGUGUCUGUGUGUGAUAUAAAACACCCUCCACCACAACUCUGUCCCAUGCCAGAGGGGCUCAGCAGUCAGCAGGUUGUCAGACGUCUCAUCCUCGGCUCCAUCGUGCAGAGUGAGAGCAGCUACCUGGACUCUCUCAAGAGAAUCCUGCAGGAGUACCAAAGGCCUUUGCUAGAGUCACAGAACUGGAUCUUAAGCCCCAAGAAGGUGCGUCAGAUAUUUUACCGUCUGCAGGAAAUCCAUCAAUGCCACUCCAUGUUCCAGAUCGCUCUGGCAUCCCGCGUGGCCGAGUGGGAUCACAGCGAGAAGAUCGGAGACCUGUUUGUUGCCUCGUUUUCAAAGUCCAUGGUGCUGAAUGUGUACAGUGACUACAUCAACAACUUCACUAACGCCAUGGUGCUGAUCAAGAAGGCCUGCAUGUCUAAGCCUGCUUUCCUGGACUUUCUGAAGAAGAAGCAGGUGUCCAGUCCAGACAGAAUCACUCUGUACGGUCUGAUGGUGAAACCGAUCCAGCGCUUUCCUCAGUUCAUUCUGCUGCUGCAGGACAUGUUGAAGAGCACACCAAAGUCCCACACUGACCGGCUGCCCCUGCAGCUGGCUCUCACUGAGCUGGAGACACUGGCUAAGAAACUCAACGAGCAGAAACGUCUGGCCGACCAGGAAGCUGAGAUCCAGCAGCUGGCACACAGCGUGGGAGACCGCAACCUCAACAAGUUGUUGAACUCGCAGCAGAGGCAGCUGAUCCAGUGUGAACUGCUGACUGAAGUUGUUCAUGAUGAAAAAGGUCAAAUUCUCAAGUCGAAGGAGAGAAAGAUCUUCCUCCUCAAUGACACCCUGAUCUGUGCUAAUGUCAACCUGAAGGGUCCCCCUGACAUCAGCACCCUGGUUCCUGUUGGUCCUAAGUACACGAUGAAGUGGUGUACUCCUCUGCUGCAGACUCAGGUGGUGGAGGUGGGACAGGACAGUCUGCAGAGCAAGGACAGUGUAGUCACAGUCAGACGCCGCAGCUCCACCUUCAGCACCACUGGUAAAGUAUUCCUGGGUCCUCCCAGACUGUACCAGGAGCUGGAGGAGCUGCAGCAUGACCUGGCUGUGGUGGAGGAGGUCUCACUGCUGGUGGGGACACUCAGUGGAACCUACCAGAAUCUGAACACCACAGUGUCUCAGGACUGGUGUCUGGCUCUGCAGAGGCUCAUCCGUCUCAAGGAGGAGGAGAUCCAGAACGCCAACAAGUGUCGCCUGCGUCUGUCUGUCCCAGGAAAACCUGACAAGUCUGGUCGUCCAGUGAGCAUCAUGGUGGUCUUCAACACUCCCAACCCCCUCAGUAAGAUCUCCUGGGUGAACCGGCUUCACCUCGCCAAGAUCGCUCAGAGGCAGGAAAACACUCCAGGCUGGGAAUGUGCUGAAGAAGAUGGAAAGACCAUCGCUCCAUUUAGUUGUCCACUGUUGACCUGCAAACUUCCUGUUUUCUCCUCCAAAACACACACACUGAAGCUGGAGGCAGCUCUUCACAGUCCAUCUCAGUCCAGCCUGCUGGGUUUCUGCACUGCCAGUACACGUUUACCACAGGGUUACCUCUGGGUUGCUGGUGGAGGAGGCAGCUCCAACCAUGGCCAUAUAGAGAUCUUCUCCCUGAACCGAGCCAGUCCUCGCCUGGUCAAGAGUGUCACACUGAGGGCUCCAGUCCUGUGCGUGGAGUACGUGAAGGAGCUGUGUCACAGCACAGAGGAGAGAGCCCACACUGCAGCCAAGAUAGGAAACAUCAUCUGUGUUGGUCUGCAGGAUGGCAGCAUCCAUGUGUACAGCAGUGUGGACACAGCUGUUCAGUGCCUGCUGACCUUGGUGAACCCUGACAGCCGUCCAGUUCUCUGCCUCAAACACUCGCUGUCCUUCCUCUUUGCUGGGCUGGACAACGGCAAAGUAGCUGUGUACCACAGAAUUACUGGAGAGAGAGAGUGGGACAUGGACUCAUGCAGACUGGUGUCUGUGGGUUCUGAGCCGGUCUUCAAUCUAUUGACUGUUGAAGACGCUGUAUGGGCUAGCUGUGCAAACCAAGUCACUGUCAUCCAAGGAUCCAGCCCUCUCACCCAGUGCUUUGAAGCCCACUCUGAUCCAGGCUGCAGGGUCAGCCACAUGGUUCAUUCAGGUGGGGGGGUUUGGAUGGCCUUCACCCACGGUUCCUCCAUUCACCUGUUUCACACAGAGACCUUGGAACAGCUGCAGGAAGUCAACAUCUUCACCCGCACAGCCCAUCUGAUACCAGGUCAGGUUUGUGUCUCCAGCUUGCUGAUCUGCCAGGGCCUGCUGUGGGUGGGGACCAGCCAGGGCAUCAUCCUCACCUUCCCUGUACCCACCCUGGAGGGGAUCCCCAUGAUCACAGGUAAAGGGAUGACGUCUCUGAAUGCUCACUGUGGUCCAGUUGAGUUCCUGGUGUCAGCUUCCAGCACCCUGGCCUCCGACGUGCUCAGACAGGACUCCAUCCUCAACAGCAGCGAGGAGGGCACUAACGGAGAAGGAGGAGGUGGAGGUGAAUGUGAUGUGGGAGGAGAUGGAGAAAGACAGAGAACGGAGCAGACUAACUCCCCCCAGGACUCAGAGGCUCCUCCACCGAGGAAGGAGACGCCUAAGCGUCUCCUGCUGCAGUACCGCCUCCACUCCACCUGCCAGCUGCCUGGGAAGCUGCUGACAGCCCAGUCGGACCAGGGAAACCCAAGAGCCGCCCCGGAUUCCCUGGAGCACAGCCCAGAGGACGGCUCCAUCUAUGAAGUGAACGAGGACCCUGAUGUGUGGGUGAGGGGACGACACGUGGAGUUGGGGAAGGAGGGGGAGGCCAAGCGCAACAAGGUCACCUCGACAGCCAUCUUCUCUGGAGGCAGAGGAUACCGCAGGAUAGGACAGACAGCCUCAGCAGACACCUGCUCAGACCCCAGUGAAAACACACUGCUGGUGUGGCAGCUGCCUUUAACUCUCAGCCAAUGACAGGCGAGCGUGUCACCUGACUGGCUCAACAAUCAGUUUCCUCAGUGACUGUGCUGAACUCACCAGCUUACUUCUAAACAUUUCAAAUAGACUCAACAUCACAUCUGAAAUCAAAGGAGCCGAGGACAUGUUACCCACAACAGCUUCUUCUUUUCUCUUGUUUUUUUAAAGUUGUAAUCCUUAAGAUUUCAGUCCUGGUAGUCAUGGUAACAGCAAAUGGGGUUUUAUACUACAUGUCCCAGAAUUCUGGGGACAGCAAACAACGGUUGAGCAGCUUCAUGUCAGAAAACAGCUGUUUAUAGAGCAGCCAAACAAACGUUUAUCACUAAUCCUUCACCAACCUCUGCCUGUCACCUGCCUCCAACUCAAUCACUGACCCAGAGAGGACUUGAGACCAUGGCUGCGCUGUUCUAACUGGGAGAGAUUUGGACAUGUUGCUGGUUGUUGUCGUGGUAAACGUAUUGUUGUAGAUGUGCACUAUGGGUGUAGAAUCCAGGUUUUUUUUUAACUUGACUGUAUGAAAAUAUUUGAUACUAGUGUAAAUAUCUGUAUUUCUUUCUAUACUGUACCUUACUUUGAAAAAUAUGAAUUAAUUUUGAAAGGACUCUAUCUCAGUGUUCCUGUUCCUGCAGUGGCUGCCGGGAACACCAGAUGGAACACAAAGGUUUUGUUUUCCUGCCGUGUUUAUUAUUAAAACCUUUCUCUCCAGAGAAGAAGAGAACUCA